AAUUUUUAUUAUUUCUUAAAUGAUUUUUACUUAUUUGAUAUGUGUUUUUUUUUUGCCUUUUGUUUGCUCUUUCUUUACCUUCUCCUGCACCACAUCAGUUUCUACGAUUUGUUGAUCUGCUUGUCGGAGUUGUUGGUCUCGAUCUUACCCUAUAAUGGCCACUGAAAAUCAAAGAGAGAGAGGGUGAACGAGUGAGAGAGGACAACAGUGAUCUGGUUGAAUUUCUCGGCUGGGUUUCGCUCUGAGAAAACAUGAAGAGUGAAAGUUGAAGAAUUCGAGUUCGUUUUCCUCUGUUAUGUGCGCUAUUCUUUGUUGGGGGUUUUGGGUGUGGCUUUGAUUUGGUUAGAUUUGAUAUGGGUGGGUGUUUUCCUUGUUUUGGAUCAUCCGACGAGGAAGGAAGUGGCGUGAAGGAAGUGGCCAAGAAGGAUUCAGUUAAAGAAGGCUCAGCUAUUCACUCUCACCAUGUGAACAGAGUUAACUCAGAAAAAUCAAAAUCUCGAAGUGGUUCAGAUCCUAAGAAGGAAUCAGCUGUUCCAAAAGAUGGACCAACAGCAAAUAUUGCUGCACAAACAUUUACAUUUCGAGAGCUUGCUGCAGCAACCAAAAACUUUAGGCAAGAAUGUUUGCUGGGUGAAGGUGGGUUCGGUCGUGUUUAUAAAGGUCGGUUGGAGAGCACAGGACAGGUAGUUGCUGUGAAACAGCUUGACAGGAAUGGCCUUCAAGGAAAUCGAGAAUUUUUAGUGGAGGUUCUCAUGCUUAGCCUCUUACACCAUGCAAACCUUGUCAAUUUGAUCGGUUAUUGUGCAGAUGGAGAUCAACGUCUCCUUGUCUAUGAGUUUAUGCCAUUGGGAUCCUUAGAGGAUCAUUUGCAUGAUCUUCUUCCAGACAAGAAGCCCCUGGACUGGAAUACAAGGAUGAAGAUUGCAGCGGGUGCAGCCAAGGGGUUGGAAUAUCUGCAUGAUAAAGCAAAUCCUCCAGUGAUAUACAGAGAUUUAAAAUCAUCCAAUAUCCUUCUUGAUGAGGGUUAUCACCCUAAGCUGUCAGAUUUUGGGCUUGCCAAACUGGGUCCUGUUGGUGAUAAGACUCAUGUGUCCACACGUGUCAUGGGUACAUAUGGUUAUUGUGCACCUGAAUAUGCUAUGACGGGUCAACUGACUCUUAAGUCUGAUGUCUAUAGUUUUGGGGUUGUGUUUCUUGAACUCAUAACGGGUCGCAAAGCAAUUGAUAAUACCCGUGCACCUGGGGAGCAUAAUCUUGUUGCAUGGGCACGACCACUUUUCAAGGAUCGUAGGAAAUUUCCCAAAAUGGCUGAUCCUCUACUCCAAGGCCGUUAUCCAAUGCGAGGACUUUACCAAGCUCUUGCAGUCGCAGCCAUGUGUUUGCAGGAACAAGCUGCUACUAGACCUCUAAUCGGGGAUGUUGUGACUGCUCUCACAUAUUUAGCCUCCCAAACCUAUGAUCCAGAUACAGCUGCUGCUCAAAAUAACAGAGUUGGUCCAUCUACGCCUAGGAACAAGGACGAAAGAAGAAGCAUGGCAGAUGGACUGGAUAGCCCAGGUGAGUCUGGACGAGGUGGGCGCCAUGGUUCCCCUUCUGCGUAUAAAAAUUCACCAGAUUACAGAAAGAGAGAUUUAAGGGAAGCGAGUGGUGGUGCAGCACUAGCAAGGAUUGACACCGGUGGUGGUUCUGGGAGAAAAGCAGGAUUGGAUGAGUCAGAGCGCCGUGAAUCUCAUAGAGACAGCCCAAUAAGUACUGGGAGAGCCAGGGAAACCCAAAGGAAUCGUGAUUUAGAUAGAGAACGUGCUGUGGCAGAGGCAAAAGUAUGGGGUGAGAAUUGGAGAGAGAAGAAGCGGGCAAGUCGGAUGGGUAGUUUCGAUGGCACAAAUGAGUGAUGGACAAGAACUCCGUCGUUUUACACAAUUCUUCUAUGGAAGUAAUUAUAUCGUUGUUAUUGAGUAAGGGAACUGAAUGCAUCAAUUUAAAUUAAAUGGUAAUGGGAGGAAGCAUGGCAAAAAGGGAUGGUGAAUCAUCAAGGGAGGGAGGUAAAAUGUUGUGAAUUGAGGCAUUUACGGGUAAAGACCUUUGAGAGAAUGUUGUUGUCUGCAACAUGUCCAUUUUAUGUAUGUAGGAAUUUCACAGGUGUAUGUUACAGAGAGCAGUGAAGAUGUCUAAUUUUUGCACCCGCCCUCAUGUAAUAGUGUUGUCUGUGAACGUGGGUGGUGGGGGAAAAACUUAAAGUGGGGUUUGGUGUGGGUGUCGUUAAAUGUUGUACUUUUCAUACAGUUGCGUAAAUGGACGUCUGAGUUAUGUACUUUAAAA